AAUUAUACUGCAUUAGUUAGCGAGCGUAAUUGGGAUAACGACAAGCGCGGCGGUAACAAUAUCUGGGAAACACAAACACUCGAAUAUUUAUUCCUAAAAUAGUGAAAUAUUUAAUCACAACAAAAACAAUAUGAAGUUCACCGUGAGUAUCCUGGCGCUCUGUGGAUUAAUUGCCUUCGCCUUUGCUGCUCCACUCGACGACUCAGCCAACGCACAGAUUUUGCGUUAUGAUAACGAGAAUAUUGCCGAUGGAUACAAAUUUGGCUAUGAGACCAGUGACGGUGUGACGCGUCAGGAAGAGGCUGAGUUGAAGAACGUCGGCACCGAACAGGAAGCGAUUGUUAUACGUGGUUCGGUCAGUUGGGUUGCACCUGAUGGUCAAACAUAUACAUUAAAUUAUAUUGCCGAUGAGAAUGGUUUCCAACCAAUUGGCGAUCAUUUGCCGCAUGUUUAAGGUUAAAACUCAUAGUGAGAUUAAAUGAAAUUAAUUAUUUUUUAUAUGUAAUUUUAGUGUAAUAUAAAUAUUAUAUAA